AUGGCUGCUGAUACAAUGACACAAGAACAGCCGACGACUGAGUUCAGAGAAGCUUUCUUUGGGGUAAUUACGGUAGAGGAACUUGCAUCGGUUAUUCAGUUCUUAAACGGAGACCCGACUAACGAAGUUCAGUUCUUAAACGGAGACCCGACUAACGAAGAAGUACUAUUAGACGAUGACGAAGCUGAUGGAGAUCAUGGCAGUACUCAUGUUGAUUUCAUAGAGUUUUUAGAUAUUAUGUCAAGAAAAAUGGAGGAAAAUGUAGCAGAGGAAUUAAAAGAAGCAUUCAAAGUAUUUGAUCGUGACCAAGAUGGGUUCAUAUCGGCCAUUGAGCUAAGGAAUGUGAUGUUGAAUUUGGGAGAGAGAUUGAGUGAUGAAGAAGCUGAACAAAUGAUAAAAGAAGCUGAUUUUGAUGGAGAUGGACUUGUUAGCUUUGAAGAAUUUGCCAGGAUGAUGAUAUGA